UCUCUCUCUCUCUCUCUCUCUCUCUCAGAUAUAUGUGUAUAUAUAUACUUGGGCUUCUUGAGUCUCGAUCGUUCCCAAACCACAACCACAAUGGUGGACUCCAACUCAUUCCAUCCAUCCUCCAAAUCGGAAAAUAACGAACCCGCCGUUUUCCCGCAUCCUUACACCUCCCUACCAGAUGGGGAAGAAACCCGCAAGGUCCAGGAAAACCACCGCCGGCCAGUGAAGGGAAUGUUGCUAAUGUUAUCUGGAUUUUGGACGCUAGUAGCUUUGAUGGCCUAUUUUGGAAUGGGUUCAAACUGGAAUUCGACCACAUCGGAGGAAAUAAAGUCGCCUCCGCCGCCUUUGCUGCCACGAGGGGUGGCAGAAGGGGUUUCCGCGAAGUCCUGGGGCCUACAUUUGGGAUAUCCAUCAUACCCAUGGACGCAGCGUAUGUUGGAUUGGCAGAGAACAGGGUUUCAUUUUCAGCCAAACAAGAAUUGGAUGAAUGAUCCCAAUGGUCCACUAUACUACAAGGGAUGGUACCACUUGUUCUACCAGUACAAUCCACAAGCUGCAGUGUGGGGUAACAUUGUGUGGGGUCAUUCUGUGUCAAGAGAUCUCAUCCAUUGGCGACACCUUCCCAUAGCCAUGUCCGCCGAUCAGUGGUACGACAUCAACGGUGUCUGGACUGGGUCUGCCACCACCUUACCAGAUGGCCAAGUCAUCAUGCUCUACACAGGAUCAACCAAUGAGUUUGCGCAGGUCCAGAAUUUAGCAUACCCUGCUGACCUAUCUGAUCCGUUCCUCGUUAACUGGGUCAAAUACCCUGGAAACCCGGUUCUAAAACCACCACCCAGUAUCCAUCCACAAGACUUUCGCGAUCCGACAACUGCUUGGGCAACGUCCGAAGGCAAGUGGCGAAUCACCAUCGGAUCUAAGAUUAAUGGCACUGGGAUAUCUUUGGUCUAUGAAACCCUAGACUUCAAGAGCUAUGUGUUGCUGGACGACUUGCUCCAUUCUACAUUGGGUACGGGUAUGUGGGAGUGUGUGGACUUUUACCCGGUUUCACAAAUAGAAGAAAACGGGUUGGACACAUCAGUUAAGGGUGAUGGAGUGAAGCAUGUAGUGAAAGCCAGCUUUGAUGAUGACAGGAACGAUUACUAUGCUAUUGGAACAUAUAAUGAAAGUUCUAACCAAUGGGUUUCGGAUGACCCAAAUAUAGAUGUGGGUGUUGCAAUAUUAAGGUACGAUUUCGGGAAAUUUUAUGCCUCCAAAUCAUUUUACGAUCCCAUAAAGAAGAGAAGAGUGUUAUGGGGUUGGAUUCCGGAGAGUGAUGACGAACGCGUUGACAUCAAAAAGGGUUGGGCAUCCCUUCAGGCUAUUCCGAGGACAAUAUUGUUUGAUAAGAAGACUGGUAGCAAUUUAAUUCAAUGGCCAGUUGAGGAGAUUGAGAGCUUAAGGUCACAAAGCCAUGAAUUUGACAAAGUGGUAGUGGAAGCAGGGUCAGUCGUUCCUCUGGAUGUGGGCAGUACCACUCAGUUAGAUAUCGUUGCUGAGUUUGUGAUAGAUAAGGAAGUUUUGGAGAGAACAAACGAAGCCGAUGUGGUCUUCAGCUGCGCUGAAAGUGGUGGAAGCAUUACGAGGGGUGCACUAGGACCAUUUGGGUUACUGGUUCUUUCCGAUAAUAGCAUUGUUGAGCAGACUUCUAUGUAUUUUUACGUUGCCAAAAGAACUAAUGGAAAUAUCCACAUUUUCUUUUGCACCGAUCAAUCGAGAUCUUCUGAAGCAACAGACGUCUUGAAGUCCAUUUCUGGAAGCAGAGUUAAAGUGCUAGAAGGUGAAAAGUUAACUAUGAGAAUAUUGGUGGAUCAUUCGAUAGUAGAAGGCUUUGCUCAAGGGGGAAGGACUUGCAUCACUUCAAGAGUGUAUCCAACAAAAGCUAUCUACGAAGACGCUCGCAUUUUCUUGUUUAACAACUGUACUGAGGCCAAAAUCACAGCCUCCCUCAAGAUAUGGCAAAUGGAGUCUGCACAUUCUCUUUCAGCGGCGAAUGGAAGAAGGAAGCAGUGGGGGCACGUGGCCACACUGUAUUUUUUUAUUUUUUCGCUUUUAGUUUUUAAUUGAAAUAAGUAAUAGCUCAGCAUAGCCCCUAUUCGGGUUUGGGGUCAUUUUUGGGAUCGUGUCAAAAUACCUACUUCAUUAACUUAAAUGUGUCAUAUUUCUUGGUUCAAA